AUGGAAAAUGUAUCAGCAGUGACAUCCUUCAUAUUGACAGCAUAUGCUGAACUGGAAGAUCAAAGAUAUUUAUACUUUACAUGUUUCCUUCUUGUCUACAUUCUUAUAUUAUUGGCCAAUUCAGUUCUUAUUUUCGUGAUAUACUUUGAGAAAGGUCUGCAUGAACCCAUGUAUUUCUUUAUUUGUAACUUAGCAGUGAAUGGAGUGUAUGGUAGCACAUCUUUAUUGCCAUCAAUGCUUGGCCAUUUGUUAUCUCAUUUUGAAGUCUCCCUUACCCGUUGUCUGUUACAAAUAUAUUGUUUACACACAUAUGGUACAGUUGAAUUUACUAUUUUAGCAGUUAUGAGCUAUGACCGUUAUGUUGCCAUUUGUUUUCCAUUACACUAUCACCUCCUCAUGUCCCCUAGAAAAGUGUGCAUGCUGAUUUCUAUUUCCUGGAUUUAUCCUUGUGUCGUUUUUGGGCUUUAUUUUAUGCUCACUGUACAGCUACCAUUUUGUGACACAGUCAUAGAAAAAGUGUAUUGUGCCAAUUUUGCAGUAGUCAGGCUGUCUUGUCUUGAUACGUCACUUCACAGCAUAAUUGGCCUGGUAUUAUUUCUUUUUUUACCUGGUCCUCAGAUUGUUAUGAUUGUAUUUUCAUAUUUGCGCAUACUCAGAAUCUGCCUUUCUGCCUCUAAGGAAUCUCAGACCAAAGCUCUUCAAACAUGCACCCCACACUUACUGACUGUGAUUAACUAUACUGUGGGAGUCUUAUUUGAGAUCCUGCAAAAUCGUUUCAACAUGAGUCAUGUACCUUAUAAAGCUCGCAUGUUCCUGUCCCUUUACUUUCUGAUAAUUCCCCCAUUGUCUAAUCCUCUCAUUUAUGGAGUCAGCAUUCAAGCUAUCAGGGUCCAGAUUUUGAAAUUGUAUAAUUGCAAGAAAAAAUAA